AUGGCGACUGGACGCAAAAGACAAAGUCAACGCUCGGGAGAAGUGCAUUGUAAAACGAAGAAAACUGCACUGGAAGAUGAGCCCCAAAUACAUUUCCAUCCUACCGACGUCAUACUGGAGGUGGAAGGCCGGGAUAUACAUGUCAACAAACAGGUGUUAGCAGAAAAAUCACUUGUGUUUAAGGCCAUGUUUGAGUCGGACUUCACUGAAAAAUACAAAGAAAAGAUACCAUUGCCAGGGAAGAAAUAUGCUGAUUUUGUGGACUUUUUAUACACUUUUUAUUAUCCGGAACGUGAAGAACCUAUAACAGAAAAUAAAGUACUAAAGAUUAUUCCGCUGGCUGAGGAAUAUCAGAUCUUAGCUGUCAAGGAUAAAUGCGAAUCACUUCUCAGAGAAGUCUGUCAAAGCACUGCUAGAGAUAUAGAAAAACGCAUUGAGACCAGUACUCUUGUAAACUACACUGCUUGUGCUGCACAAUUUAACAUGAACUCAGUACUUCCCUUUGCUCUCCGGUUAUGUGCAGAAUGCCCUCCACAGUCUUUAAAGCUGGCAGGAAUCGAUGCUAAGGUUACUGGUGAUUUACAAAGAAGGAUUGCGGAAUGUCGAAAUUCUUUACUGGAAAAGGAAUUGAAACCAUACUUUGGUGAAGGUUCAAGACAAGAUUUUUUAAACAUUGCAGUGUUGAUGUGGGACUCUUUCAACUCAGCUGAGAAAAGACAAUACGAGGACAGUCUCGUUAAUUCUUGUAACCGUCAGUCGGGGCCCAGUUCAUCACAGCCUUCUGCUAUAUCCUUACACACACUUAUUGGAUACAUCAUUGCUGCUGAAAGAUUUAAUCUGGAGAAUCUCUUGACGGCAGCGAUUGACCUUGCAUCUUAUUGUAGUUAUAAGUAA